GUGCCCGACGACAGGGCGACUUUCAAGCUCGAAUAUAGCAUGCGGCGCUUCGCGCUCCGGCGAGCACCUUUGCUUUUUAGCGUCGCCUCAAUGAAUGGCGCAGUCCGGGGCGAUCUCACCAGCGGCAGCUCAGUCUUGCCGUGGAGGCGCUUGGCCAAGUCAG